AUGGAGCAAGACCAGACUCCGGGAAGGCUGGGAUCCUUCUUCCUGUCCCCAUGGUAACGAGUCAGCCUGCGGGAAGGAGCCCUGCCCUGCCUGUGAAUUGUCCUGAGUCAUCGCUCUGGGCCUAGGCCUUAGGAAGAAAUCUGGUGUGGCAAGAAAGAAGGCAGCUCUUAGCCUAGGCCCAAACCAGGGAGUCCUGGGAAUGUGGGGACAAGUGUGGGCUCAUAAUGGCCAUGGUAGGGUCUCCGGGAGGUCUCAAAUCCCACCAUUCUCCCAUAGUUUGGGCUGGCUGCGGGAAGCAUGAGAGAACCUGCAUGGCACUGUGCAGGCAACAGGCCUCCACUGUGGCUGUGAGCAGGACGGAUGGGGAGGGAGGGGCCUCCGGGCAGGCAGCUGAGGUGGGCAGGCCCUGCAGAGGCCAGCCCCUGGGCGGGCUCCGGGGAGUUUCACUUCCCGCCACUGCUGCCAGCUGCGAGAGCCAGCCGGAAAGUGUGCGCCCAGAGUCAGUGCCGCUGCUUGCUGACCGGCUCAGCACAGGUACCUGCCUCACCAUGGGCUCGCAGGCACUGCCCCCGGCCCCCAUACAGACCCUCAUCUUUUUGGACCUGGAGGCUACUGGCCUACCCUUCUCCCAGCCCAAGGUCACGGAGUUGUGCCUGCUGGCCAUCCACAGAUGUGCUCUGGAGAGCCCACCCAGCCCUCAGGGGCCAUCUCCCACAGUGCCCCCUCCACCCCGUGUGGUGGACAAGCUCUCUCUGUGCGUGGCUCCAGGGAAGGCCUGUAACCCUGCAGCCAGCGAGAUCACAGGGUUGAACACAGAUCUGCUGGCAGCACAUGGGCGUCAACACUUCGAUACCAACGUGGCCAACAUGCUCCAGGCCUUUCUGCAGCGCCAGCCCCAGCCCUGGUGCCUGGUGGCACACAACGGGGACCGAUACGACUUCCCUCUGCUCCAGGCGGAGCUGGCCACUCUGGGCCUUUCCAGUGUUCUGGACAGCGCCUUCUGUGUGGACAGCAUUGCAGCCAUGAAGGCCCUGGAGCAAGCGGGCAGGUCUUCAGAGCAUGGACCAAGGAAGAGCUACAGCUUGGGCAGCAUCUAUACACGCCUGUACGGGCAGGCAGCGCCAGACUCCCACACGGCUGAGGGGGACGUGCUGGCUCUGCUCAGCAUCUGUCAGUGGAGGCCACAGGCCCUCCUGCGGUGGGUGGACGCUCACGCCAAGCCCUUUAGCACCGUCAAGCCCAUGUAUGAGGUGGGGCCCACCUCGGCUGACUCCAAUCCAAGGCCGUAUGCUACCAUAGUCCCUGCAUCCCUGAACAGAGUCAGGGACCCCAAUCCCAACGUUGGAAGAGGCAGGAGAUCCAAUGCCCCUCCUCCCGUGCACGGCCCCGGAGCAUCACCCAAGGAAGGCUUGCUAGCCCCACUGGGCCUGCUGGCCUUCCUGACCUUGGCGAUAGCCACACUGUAUGGGCUGUCCCUGGCCACACCUGGACAGUAGGCCAGGAAGAGCAGUCUGACUAAUAAAAACCCACUCAGCACU